AUGUCGCAGAUUCCUACACGGGAAGUUAGCGAACUAUCCCUCUCAGAUAUUGAACUUGCUUUUCAUCUUAUCCGAGGUGGUAACACGGACUGGACUCUGUAUCAAGCUCCAUUCCAGAUCUCUGAAAUUUCCAGUUCUUACCUUAGGGCUCUUGACGCCUCAAUUUUCAACAAGGAUGGGAUACAUGAGAUUGCUUUGCGACAGCGGCUGGCUACGCUUCUUACUAUGGUCUAUUCGGUUCCCCCGAAAGACCCUCGAUUCCAUAGCUUGAUCAAGAUUUCCAUCUCGGGGAAACGGCGAUUCUCAUUCUAUCCGGUUAUCUAUGAGGGAGAAAUGACCUGUCUUCAGGGGAUCCCUGACUACUCUACUUGGUAUGACCCAGAAGGCUGGGAAGAAUAUCUAGCUAUGAACUUUUUUGUUGUGGAAACAAAAACAGGACAGUCUGGCCAAUCCGUGCCACAGGGGCUUGCCUAUAUGGCCAUGAUUCAUGCACAGCGUCGGUAUGAGGGCAUGACUGUGCACGCGGUCUUUGGUCUCUCGACCGAUAAUAGCCAGUUUAAUUUCCUUCAAAUCAAUACCAGCGGCGAGUGGUCUCAAAUUACCUUGGAGUAUUCCACACACCGUCAGGAGAUUGUCGAAACUCUUGCCUAUAUCCACAGGCAUGCUUCUAUACUAUCGACCUUCGCUUGCGGAUGUGGAUCCCAAGAUAAGCCCUCAGAAGCCCAAGUGGGUGGUGGGUUUCUUGCAACUGGAGGCUUGCACGCCAGGGCCCCACAAGACAUAGCAUGGUCUACCCUCCAAAUCGAGGAUCCUUUCAAAGAUCUGUAA